GCUCACACGCUAUGUCACGGGCUCGGCGAAUUGCCUGAUUCUUGGGCAAUCCAGAAGCGAACCAGGGGUGCAUAUUGACAGCUCCCGUUCGUGCGGUUCGAAUUGACGAACCGCAACACGUUAACGUUACACCGGUCAAGAAAAGAUCAAGUGAAUCUGGACCAGCGGAUACUGGCGUCUCGCUGGCGCAUAAGAAUCCGAAGGUGAACAAGUUGUCCUUCAUUCAUCUUCCUCGUCGAUAUGUCCUCCGAAUCUAGUUUCGACGCGCAUAUGCCACCUCUUCAAUUCAAGGGAGAGAUCCUCGACUUCGACCUCGGCAUUGAAGUGGACCAUCGCAAAAGACGAAGGAAUCGCACUACACAAUCUUGUUUGAAUUGCCAUACUUCAAAACGCAAAUGCGACCGAAAACGACCGUGCCAGCGAUGUAUCCAGUUGGGCUUGACUGGCCUUUGCGUAUAUGAAGUCGAUGAUCCUGCUUUGAGAGAUGAUCCCAACCUGGAUGAGACUACUCGUCUUCGUAACCGAAUCGCAGAGCUCGAAAGCCUUGUACGAGAGCUUCGUGGCAAACCUCAUCCUCGCUGGGCUGACGCGAACUUCUGUGACGGUGAUGCAUCAGAGAAGUGGCAUUCUCGGUCAUCUAGAAGGGGUCAAACUCAACUUCAGCGUCAAAAGCGAGAGCAACAGGAUGACGCAAGUAUGGACGGCUCUCUCAUUCCGCCAGUAAAGGUUGAACAGGCUGCCGAUGUUUCGCACCGUCAGCUCUACCGUCUGUCGCCAUCACCCCCUAUGUCUGCCAAUCCUCAUCACCAACAACAUCACGGUGACUGUUCACCUAUCGACAGUCCGACCAUGUCUUCCUAUCAGUCUUCGUCGACGAUGAGCUAUGGGCAUCACCGACCACAGGCACCCCCGUCUCUUGCGAUGCCAAAUAACAACGACCUCUACUACCAUCAACCUUACAUCAAGCCCCCUGCAUCAUCGCCCAUCCAUCCAACUUGUACUUGUCUUACGAAUCCUGCCGCCGCCCACCCUCUUAUAGGCCUUAUGCAUCAGCUGCAGAACACCUUGGAGCUUCUAAGGCAUCUUCCUGAGCAUUCCGGCCGUAACCAAUGCAUUGUCCUAAGGCGUAUCGCCGAGCUGCACGAUCUGAUGCAUGGCGGCAGCGUCAAUGCGGAAAUAGAUGUUCCUCAUUCUCACUCUCAUUCCCAUUACGAGGCGUUACCCACGCCGACUGAAACUGAGAUAUUGUCACCUAUCUCGACAUCGAGUCAUUCGAGUAUAGGUAACGCCAUGCAUCACGAGUGGUCGGGUAUGGGUGCUCCUUCAAACUCGCAUUACGACUACUUCCCGGUCACUCAGGCAGAACACGGCGGUGUGUAUCACAAGACGUAUCACAUCAACUGAUCCGAGUCUUCCCUUACUUUACCCUUCUACCUUGUCAUGGGAAUGCUUUCUUAUCUCGCUUUCGGCCUGUCUGGACUAGUUGUCUCGAAAAUAGCUGCUCGCUUACGCUCGUGUCUUGCUUCGUCGCAUGCUUUCAUACUUACGACGGUUUGUGAUAUUCUUGUUCUCACCUUGUAGCUCUAGUACCUUAUCCUACACUAUUUGUCCUGCGAAGAUAUACCCAACCCCCGCUUGUAAUCACUGCCCUUCCAAUGUACAAAUCGCCUGCGAACGUUUACCACU